AUGCGGCGCUCGGAUCUUGUCCUCGUGAACAGCGAGGGCGAAGUCGUGGACGGUGUACCCAACAGGCUACUCAACUGGGCUGCUUAUAUGGCCAUCACGCCGUCCACGCUGCGAGGCCGGACCAUCUACCGCGAUGUGGGUGUAUAUCGCCAGUCCAAGGGUGCUGUCCUCGAAGACGAGGAAGGACAGACUAUCGCGCGGGAUCUUGGCAACCGUAAGGCUUGCAUCCUACAAAAUCACGGCCUCCUGACCUGCGGAUCAACUGUGGAGGCUGCCAUCUUCUGGUUCGUGUCGCUUGAGAGACGCUGCCAGGCCCAGCUCAUGGCCGAGGCGGGGGCUAUGAAGCUGAUACCCAUCGGCGAGGAAGACGCAGAAUCCAUGUACAAGAGCAUUGGAUUGGGUGGUGUAGGAUGGUUCAGCGUCCAGCCCAUGUUUGAUGUGCUCUGUGAAAAAUUUGGAAACGCUUAUUUGAAAUAG